GUCAGCGUCCACCUUGUACGGUUCUCCGGUUCCACUGUUAUCAUCCGUUCUUCACCUCGUUUUUAUUGUUGGUUCUCACAGGAGCAGUGUUAGAAUUACUUGGUGGGAAUUCUUUGUGAUGAUGAUAUAAAUGGGGUGUGUGGUACUCUUUACGUUUGAGUUAAGAUUCUGUUUGCUGAAAAUGAAGUCUACAUAUACUCAGCCUAUAGCCUCAGAAAGGGUGGACAUAUGUGAUCCAAUCUAUCAACUAGGGACCUGGGGAGGAGAUUUCAAUGGAAAUAGGGGCUUCCCAAGUUUGCCAGAAGCAACCAUGACAUUAGAGGCUCAGAAAUGUGAAGGAGACAACCAGUUGCCACUAGAAAUUGAGAAAACACUGCACAACCAGGUAGUCGGACGCCUUACACAACACUGUGAGUAUUCUCGCCGAUAUCGCAUGCGGAAAAAGGCUUACCUUCAGCACUUGGAGAUCAUUGAUCGAAGAGUUGUUCAAUUGGAGCAAGAGCUAAAACAAAUUAAACAACAACGGGGAUUACAUCUCAUCAUUCCUCCUUCCUUAGCUAAACCAUCUGCUGCAGGCAUUACUGCAUUCGAGAUGGCAUAUAGAAACUGGGUGGAAGAGCAAACCAGAUACACAAAUGGCUUGAGAAAUGCAUUGCUACAUUCUAAUGUUGGUGAUGAAGAAUUACAAAUUCAUGUUCAGAGUUGCAGGAAUCACUAUAUUGACCUUUUCAACAUAAAAGCAAUUGCACUGAAGGCAGAUGCCUGCUACGUUAUGUCGGGUUUGUGGAAGACGCCGGUUGAGCGCCUUUUCUUUUGGAUGGGAGGUUUUCGUCCGUCACUGAUCCUAAGGAUCAUAUUGCCCCAUCUUGAGGCUUUGACAGAGGAACAACAUCAUGAUAUAUCUAGUCUUUGUGGAACUUAUCGGGAUGUAGAAGAUCGUUUAACGCAAGCAUUGAUAUUACACAACCAUUUCCUUGGAGUUUCCAUUUUGGCAAGCCGAAGAGGCAAGGAUUGGCAGAUGUCUUCUGCAAUAGAGAAGUUGGAGUAUUUAUACAGGUUAGUAGAUCAGGGAGAUCAUUUUCGGAAAAUAAUGUUAGACAAGAUAUGUUCGCUGUUAACAACACGCCAAGCAACUCAGGCACUUGUUGCCAUGGGGGAGUACCUUGAACGACUGCGCAAUCUCAGCUCACUUUGGGCUGAAUCUCUUCAUAGUGCUUCCUAGCCAAGCAGUGUGUGAGCCUCUCAAAAAUCUUUCCUCCUUUCUCAAGUCCAGUUUGCAUACUGCAGAUUGGAAGAGCUACUUGAUAUGAUUGCCAAAUUCUCAAUAUAUUGCUAUAUUGUCAUCAUACUACAUACAUAGAUACACUAAUACAUACAUUCUGCUGCUCGUAAGCAUAAUCUUGUCCUGAAUAAUAUGUCACUUUCUUACUAUCUCCCGGUUAGUAACAAUUUCAACAAAUGUACACCCCAGUUGCCCAGGUAGCAAAUCUGAAAUUCUGAAUUGAUCUUCAAC